AUGACAUCAUCUACUUCUGCGACCGAUAGUCUUGCGAACAAUGCUUCACCCAAGGAUGCUACGAAUCUCCGACCGAAUCCUCUCCCCUCCACAUCCAACCCAGACGCACAAACUACGAAGGCUAAAAAUCUGUACGCGCCUCUUGUGCGAUUUGUAAAGGCGUACGGCGGUGAUGCUGCCUUGAACAAUCUAGCGCAGGAUCUGCCAGCUCUCCAGCCUAUCGACUGGGAAAAGCUUCUACACGCACCCCCAAAGAGCGACUCUCAUGAUUCAAAGGACGAAAGCAUGAUGGGUGAGACGUCAAAGAGUACACCUCAACCAACGUACGUGGAUGGGAUGCCACCAGACCUCAACAUGACGUUUGAGGAGCUGGUCGAAAAGUUGGAAUCUGGUUCUCCAGAGAUUAGAGAGGUUCCGGAUGCCAUUGAAACAUCAAUCAAGCGUCGUUUGGAGACCAUCCUAGAGUCCACUUGCGAAUCGGACCUUGAUACCUACGAUCCGCCUGAACACACUCUGCCACAAAACUUGGUAAGUUGUGACAUCUGCUAUAUCUGCCCUGCUUACGGUUACGUUUGCGUUUCAUACUAAUAUGUAUCCUAUAUCCAGACCAAAGAACAGAAGCUUGAGUUCCUCUCAAGAGAUAUUUCCAUGUGGCUCUACGCGGAAUGGCUUUAUCUUCAAAGUCAAAAGCAAUAUGCUUCGCCAAGUUGUUAG